UGCAACAUUUAAAAAGCUACUUAAUUUCAAAGAAUGUUUUAAUAUAGCUGCAUGCCCGCAGAAACUAACGAUACUUUUACCAACAUUGCAUGCUCAGACCUCUUUCCCUAUGAAAGGGCAAUAUACUUUCAAACGAAUUCCAACUGAACACUGCCAAGUUAGUCUUUAAUAAGUCAACCCAGAUCAGUAGAUAGAGACAAUGAGGCCCCAGUUUGUAUUGUUUGGUGAUUCAAUUACAGCGCGCUCAUUUGGAGACGGAGGAUGGGGUGCAUCCCUUGUUCAACGAUACUCUCGCAAGGCUGAUGUUGUUCUGCGAGGUUAUGGUGGUUACAACACACGAUGGGCCUUGUUCCUGCUCCCUCACAUCUUCCCUCUGGAGUCUUUGAAGCAACCAUCAGUGGUAACAGUUUUUUUUGGAGCUAAUGAUGCAGCUCUCCUAGGGAGGAGCAAUGAGCGGCAACAUGUGCCUCUUACAGAGUACAUGGCGAAUCUUCACCAAAUCAUAACUCAUUUGAAGAAAUGUUCAUCUUCGAUGCUGAUAAUGCUAAUCACUCCUCCCCCUGUUGAUGAAAAGGGGCGCAAGCAGUAUGCAAGGUCACUUGUUUUGGCUCAUCCUAGACUUUUAGCUACUUAUGGCGAAAAUGCUGUUGAUUUACCAGAACGAACUAAUGAAGUUGCAGGAGCCUAUGCAAAAUCUUGCCUAGAAGUUGCAAGUGAGGCUAGCAUUCCAGUAGUUGACUUAUGGUCAAGAAUGCAAGAGACCCCAGAAUGGCAACACAAAUAUUUGAGUGAUGGUUUACACCUUACCCCAGAUGGCAAUGCUAUCGUCUUCGAAGAGGUUCUCAAAAUACUCAAUGCAAGAGGUUUGAAUUUUAGUGACAUUCCAGAUGAUUUUCCACAUCAUUCUAUUAUCGAUGCCAGGGAUCCACAAAAAGCAUUCCAUGGCAGAGAAUGAUAGACCAUUCUUGUUGCACACUCGGGAAAAUAUAUAUCAAUUGCUUUGAUUUAUUUUUAUGUUGUUGUUAGUGUCGAUCUAUUUACUUAUCUGAUUGGAACUUGCAGCAUAUAUGGCGAAUAGCAAAAAAGAGUUUAUUGAUUGCCAACGACUGUUAUGUAUUCUCCAACCACUAUUACUUGUUCAUGGCUAAUCUUACUUGUCAGGUUUGAUAAUUA